UGCAGCGCUUUUUUUUUUUUUCCUGCUGGCCUCCGCGGGGCCCCUCCUUGCAAGGCAGCUCCAGAGCUAGCGGGCACGCGGACUCCUCUCCGUGAGCUUCCUUCCCCAGAAGGCCAGACCCAGUGGCGGAAACGUGGUGGGCGAGGCAGCACCUUCGUGCCUUUGGAAGAAGGACAAAUCAGUGCUCAAAAUUGUUGCUAUUAUUUCUUCCUGUAUAAGGUAUACUUUAUUGUCGGCUUCCAAAGAUUACUAACCUUUAUCUGUAUCACUAAAAUUGAACUACUUUGGCUAUACUGCUACUCUUACUGCCGCUUCCAUUACUGCCUUCUUCAGAAACCUAAGGCUUUAAGAAGCCAAAGAAUAACAACUAAUAAGUGCCAUAUUAGAAGCCUUUCCACUAUGAAACUUAAGCUAAAUGUGCUCACCAUUAUAUUGCUGCCUGUCCACUUGUUAAUAACAAUAUACAGUGCCCUUAUAUUUAUUCCAUGGUAUUUUCUUACCAAUGCCAAGAAGAAAAAAGCUAUGGCAAAGAGAAUAAAAGCUAAGCCCACUUCAGACAAACCUGGAAGUCCAUAUCGCUCUGUCACGCACUUCGACUCACUAGCUGUCAUAGACAUCCCUGGAGCAGACACUCUGGAUAAAUUGUUUGACCAUGCUGUAGCCAAGUUUGGGAAGAAGGAUAGUCUUGGGACCAGAGAAAUCCUAAGUGAAGAAAAUGAAAUGCAGCCAAACGGAAAAGUUUUUAAGAAGUUAAUUCUCGGGAAUUAUAAAUGGAUAAACUAUCUUGAAGUAAACUGCAGAGUGAAUAACUUUGGAAGUGGACUCACUGCAUUGGGACUGAAACCAAAGAACACCAUCGCCAUUUUCUGUGAGACCAGGGCAGAGUGGAUGAUUGCAGCACAGACCUGCUUCAAGUACAACUUUCCCCUUGUGACUUUAUAUGCCACACUUGGCAAAGAUGCUGUAGUUCAUGGAUUAAAUGAAUCUGAAGCUUCCUAUCUGAUUACUAGUGUUGAACUCCUGGAAAGCAAACUGAAGGCGGCAUUAUUAGAUAUCAAUUGUGUUAAACAUAUCAUUUAUGUGGAUAAUAAGACUAUCAAUAAAGCAGAGUACCCUGAAGGGUUUGAGAUUCACAGCAUGCAAUCAGUAGAAGAGUUGGGAUCUAAGCCAGAAAACUCAAGCAUUCCUCCAAAUAGACCAACUCCUUCAGACAUGGCCAUUGUCAUGUAUACUAGUGGUUCUACUGGCCGACCCAAGGGAGUGAUGAUGCAUCAUAGCAAUCUGAUAGCUGGAAUGACAGGCCAGUGUGAAAGAAUACCUGGACUAGGACCAAAGGACACAUAUAUUGGCUACUUACCUUUGGCUCAUGUACUGGAACUGACAGCAGAAAUAUCAUGCUUCACCUAUGGCUGUAGGAUUGGAUAUUCAUCUCCACUUACACUGUCUGACCAGUCCAGCAAAAUCAAGAAGGGAAGCAAAGGUGAUUGUACUGUCCUGAAACCCACACUUAUGGCUGCUGUUCCGGAAAUCAUGGAUAGAAUUUACAAGAAUGUUAUGAGCAAGGUUCAAGAGAUGAAUUAUGUUCAGAAAACCCUAUUCAAAAUAGGUUAUGAUUACAAAUUAGAGCAAAUCAAAAAAGGAUAUGAUGCACCUCUUUGUAAUCUGUUACUCUUUAAAAAGGUGAAGGCUCUGCUGGGAGGGAAUGUCCGAAUGAUGCUGUCUGGAGGGGCACCACUGUCUCCUCAGACACACCGAUUCAUGAAUGUGUGCUUCUGCUGCCCUAUUGGUCAGGGCUAUGGACUGACAGAAUCAUGUGGAGCUGGGACAGUUACUGAAGUUACUGACUAUACUACUGGAAGAGUUGGAGCCCCUCUUAUUUGCUGUGAAAUUAAGCUGAAAGACUGGCAGGAAGGUGGUUAUACAGUUCAUGAUAAACCAAACCCCAGAGGUGAGAUCGUGAUUGGUGGCCAGAAUAUCUCGAUGGGAUAUUUUAAAAAUGAAGAGAAAACAGCAGAAGAUUAUUCUGUGGAUGAAAAUGGACAAAGGUGGUUUUGCACUGGUGAUAUUGGAGAAUUCCAUCCUGAUGGAUGCUUACAGAUUAUAGAUCGGAAAAAAGAUCUGGUGAAAUUACAAGCGGGAGAAUAUGUAUCUCUUGGGAAAGUUGAAGCCGCAUUGAAGAAUUGUCCACUGAUUGACAACAUCUGUGCUUUUGCCAAAAGUGAUCAGUCCUAUGUGAUCAGUUUUGUGGUUCCCAAUCAGAAAAAGUUGACCCUUCUGGCACAACAGAAGGGGAUAGAAGGAUCUUGGGUUGACAUUUGCAAUAAUCCUGCCAUGGAAGCUGAAAUAUUAAAAGAAAUUCGAGAAGCUGCAAAUGCCAUGAAAUUGGAGCGAUUUGAAAUUCCAAUCAAGGUUCGGUUAAGCCCAGAGCCAUGGACCCCUGAAACUGGUUUGGUAACAGAUGCCUUCAAACUGAAAAGGAAAGAACUGAAGAACCAUUAUCUCAAGGAUAUUGAGCGAAUGUAUGGGGGCAAAUAAAAUACAGCUCUCCUAUUUACAUUUGCACAGGAGGUGGCCUGAUGGUUUUUUAGUUCUAGAGUUUAAACCUUUGUUGAUCUCUGUUAGAAUGUAAGGUGUAUCUUCUAAAGAUAUAUUAAAAACAAAAACAACCCAAACUGGUUAAAAUAGUUGAGUCUACUUUAACUUAGUUUUGCAUAGUUCUAGUGAAACUGAAAUAGAUACACUUGUUUUUAUAAAGAAAAGAUACUUCAUGCUAAAGAAAAUAAAUUAGAGUUGGAGUAGAUAUAGUUGAGGAGAUUUACAACUUCCAGUGUCUGUUGUCUUCUUAGUUCAGAAGUUUUAACAGUAAUCAUUACAAAAUUAUGGAUUAACACUACUCAAAGCCGAAGUGCUGCAGGGCUUUAAAAUUCUCUUCCAACCAUUUAUUUUGAAGGGCAAAAAGAAUCAAUAAUAUUGUAAUAUGGAAUCAGUAUCUUAGAAGGUAUUUGAAGAUCAUAAUCAUCAUGUAGGCUAGACAUAGAAUCAUUGCAAUAUUGUGAAUAAUUACAGUGCCUGGAGUUAAGAAUUAUAUAUGUGUAUAUAUAUUAUAUAUAUACACACACACCAAAAAUAUCUAUUAAUUUAUUUAAAGGGAAGCUGAACUGCUUUUUGGGUGUCUGAGAACUAAAAUCAGCAACUGUAAUUAUUUAAAUGUCUUAACAGGAUAGCCCACUUUGUAAAAAUGACCUUUCUGUGUGUGAUCUAGUGAAAGACUGAGACCAAGAGGAACAUUAUAACAGUCAAUCAAAAUUCAACAAGAUACAUUGCUUUUCUGUUCGAAAGCUCAUGGAGUCAUAAACACUCAGAAUUAGGAUCCUUGCAUAGCACAGAACCUGGGAAAGAGAUUUAGACUCUGAAAUUAUCUUUGAUAACAGGGCUUGAUUUUAAAAUGUGCUUAUAUUAAAUUACAUUUGUGUUUAUGGUCUGGUUGCUGUUGCUGAUUGAUACUUGAUCAGUAGAAUGCUAUUUAGAAAGCCUUUCAUUUUGUUUUAAUUUCAGCAAAGCGGGUUAUGAUAAAUGAAAUGACUUCCUCAAAAUCUUGUUCAGACAUAACGGGUGAUUAAAUGUUUUGGAUGAGCCUGGGGAAGUUAAAGGGAAGAAAACACUGUUACCACUUUUCUUGUUUGUGAAGAGUUUAGAAACUGGAAAUGCUAGAUUUGGGAGAAGGGCAGAGUUACUCGAUUAAGAACUGUGUGUGCAGUAACUUGGAGUGUGGGUUUCUUUUUAAAUCUUCAGUUAAAGUCUGGGAUUAUAUAUUCUUGAUAGAUAUUCUCACUUGAACCAUAGUUACUGUAAAAAUUCUUAAUACUGUUAUUCUUUGCAUUUUUCGUAAUCAUUUUAUACACACAUACACACACACACACACACAUAUAUAUAUAUAUAUAUAUAUAUAUAUGUUACUUACAUUGCAUUGUACAGAUGUGGGCCACCACUGCAACAAAAUGAGUUCUUUGUGCUCUAAAAUAUUUAUAAAGAAAUUAUUUAAAUGUUAUGUAUAUGGUGGUAAUAAAGAAAAAAAAUCAUCUGGUAUUAUAAGCAACAGUUGAAUUUUUUUUUGUAAAAGUUUCUUCUCAGUGUUCUGCAAAAUAAAAUUUGAGGCCAGUUUUCCCUGAAAUUAUAUUUGAGUAUUCUCAUGCUUCCCAACUUGCCUUUGAAGACAUUAUCAAGUAGACUACUAUUGAGCUUCUGUUUACUCCUGGCCCACUGUUUAUCCUUUCAGGGUGGUUUUCUUAGGCUUUUCCAAUAUGUGUUUCCCAUUUGGAAUGGUGACUUUAAAAUGUGAGUGCAUGCAUACUAUCUUAUUUCAAAUAUUUGCACCCCACCCACUCCUAUCUCCCGAAAGCUGGAACACUGCCAACUUAUCUGUUGACUAGGUCCUUAAGAAUCACGUAAUUAACACUUAAGGUUGGGUGCUGCUAAUUCUUCAUGAAAAUCCAAACAUGUUAAGGGACCAGGGAGAUUCCACCACCCCCUGACUUUUCAUCUGAAAUAUAUAUGUUUAUGUAAACAAAAAUAUUUUCCAUAUUCAUAGUGACUUUUUAAGUAUUUGAGCCUAAAGAUUUUAAUCUCCAUUUUUAUACCUAUUUAAAUUGUUCACAGUUAUUACAUGUCAGCCAUCAAAUAAAGCUGUGCUUAAUAUUGAUUAUAAAUUUAUGUGUUUCUAAGUUGAACACUCAUGAUUUUUGCUUUAAUUACAUAAAAGGGUCUGUUUCCUUGAUACCUGUACUCUUUUUUAUGUAGACUGAAGGUAUGAUUGUAUGACCUUUAAGAAAUGAAAUACAGAUGAAUGAUUCAUAAAAUCCCAAGUGAGGGAGAGCCCUAUUUCUUUGUUCAUAGAGACUGAUUAGUAAUCUUUGCCUAUAUUUUCCUGGUAACAUAUGACAAAUGUUUCUACAGUGACAAACUGAGGACAGGUUAAAGAUUGUAUGGAGUUUGGGAACUGGAGAGAUAUAUUUUAAUUUUGAAUGUAGUUACAAAUUUUGUAUUCAUAUUUGUACUUUCUGUUAAAAUGCACGAUAUCAGAUUGUUACUUAGAUUUUUGUGUUUACUCUUGAAAAGCUUUGUUCUUAUUUUUAAGUUUGCACUUGAAUCUUAAGAAAUAAAUCCACCCAUGUUAUCA